AUGUUCAGAGAACGGAGCCCCAGUCUUUCGUUUCCCAAAUUUCUUUUUCCUUCAACCGCGUUCCAUGCCAAAUCGAGGGAAAUCUCCUGCGAGACGGACUUCAAGGUCGACAAGUAUCUGAACGGCCAUGUCUCAUACCUUCGUUGCGCAGGGUGUGCGACACAUCUCUGUUUAACUUCCCAAAUAAUCAGCAAAGGCUUCACAGGCCGCCAUGGCCGUGCCUAUCUCGUGUCCGCUGAACCCGUUGCCUGCGCAGUGUCCGUCAGCGCGUCGUCGUCCCCGACGACAUCCCUUCCCAACACCGUGCUGCAGUGCCCCGUUCCUCGCCAACUCGUCACCGGUGCCCACACAGUCAGCGACAUCAGUUGUGCUUCUUGUAGCAGCGUGCUGGGCUGGAAAUAUAUCGCGGCCGAAGAGGAAUCGCAGCGGUACAAGGUCGGCAAGUUCAUAUUGGAAACCCAAAAGAUCACAGCCUCUUCUUGCUGGGAGUUUCCGUCGGCUGCCAUACCCACUCCUCCGGGCAAUGCGAUAGAUUCUGGACCCGCAGAUACCGAGUUCGACAGCCAAGAUGAGGAUGAGUGCGAAGACUUGUUUGCUGGUAUUUGGAGCCCGGACUUGGCUAUGCGUCGAAGAAGCCGCAAAAUCGAACGGCGGCCUGCCAUGUUUGGAUUAUCCUCAUGA